UCAGUCGAAAAUUAUAUUCACGAGCGUGUUGACACGCCAUUUUGUUGCUUUUUAACGCUGUUUCUAAAUCGAGUCCUUUCAUUUUAGUUCUGUCUUUGCUUCUUCACGGCUUUUUUUGUUUGUUUACUUUUGUGUGUCUUUGUUUUGGUGGUGUUUGGUUUUAUGUUUUUUAAUUUUAUUUUGGGUUGUUCGUGUUUGUUUGUUUGUUUUUGUGCUUCGGUUAACGGUUUAUAAGCGCGGGCUUCGAGUGUUGCAUUAUGCGUUUUAGCACCAGUUCUGACGGUGUUUAUUGUUUUUAUUUCUAAACAAACAAAACAACCAAGAGUAUUUUGAAAAGCUUUUAUUUAAAGUUCAUAUUCGCAAUACAAAAGGAAAAAAGAAUAAAUAAAGUUCGCGAUUCUACCUACAGAAAUAUCUACAAUACCUACAACUUAAAUGCUUUAAAAUAACGAACCAAUCAAAAACAUUUAAUGAAAAUCAAAAAUCAAAGAUAAUCUUAAUUUUUAACUAAACACACAACAAAAAAGGAUUCUUAUAAAUUAAAUCUCAAGGACCAAAACAUAAAUCAAAUCAAAUAACUAAUAACUUUCUUACUUACAAUUAAAACAACAACAAAGUCAAUAGAAAGCUUUAUGUAUAUUAAAAAUUCACCCACAACAUAUCUAUAUGCACAUCAUUUAUGCAUUUGAAAACAAUUUGACAUACCAUCUUCCCAAACUAACAUAUACAUACAUAAUUGGGUUUAUAAGCCAAAACUUAUUGAAGCUGUGAAACUUGUUAAAGAAAAAAAUUUGAAAAAUGUCUGUGGAUUUGAGCAGCACAACAGAACCAGUUAUUUCAAUUGUAGCAGCUGCUCCAGUUGUAGCUCAAAAUGGCGGUGAAAUGGAUGCUUUACUAUUGGGGCGCAUUGGGGAGCUUGUUGCGAUAUCCCCAGAACGAAGAAAUUGGCGUGGAAUUUUUAUUGCACUCUUAGUGAUAGCAGCUGUAUUCAGCCUAAUUAUCUUUUCCAUUUUUCUAUUGUCUCCAGAGGAUGAAGGUUCCCGAAUUCGUGGCAGACGUAUGGUACUUAGCGAUGUAAUUGGAAAGAGUCUAGAAUGGAAAUCAUUUAAUGGCACGUGGAUAAAUGAUGUUGAACUUGUGUUUCGAGAUUCAACUGGAGGACUAUCGAUUCUAAAUUUAGAAAAUUAUACCACUCGAGUUCUUAUGACGAAUUCAACGUUUAGGCAACUUAAUGCGGAAUCAUUUUUAGUCUCUCCAGAUCAGAAGUAUGUUCUAUUGCAAUCAGAUAGCAAUGAAGAAGGAUCAAGACAUCAUGUGUACGAAGUUCUUACACGAAAUACAUUUCCCUUGGGACCAGAAAACAGUGCCGAUGCACCUCGCCUCCAGCACGUAGAAUGGGCACCAAACUCACAAAAUCCCCCUAGUGUUAAGAGUUCAUUGAAUCAGGGUAUAGCUUUUGUGUAUGAAAAUGACUUGUAUUACAAGCCAAAAGUUCAAGGUGAUCUUGUUUGUCGUAUAACUGCAACAGGAACACCUGGAGUGAUAACAAAUGGUAUUCCAGACUGGAUGUACGCAAAUGUGCCAGAACUUAGAAGCAGCACAAUGAUGUUUUCACCAGAUUUGCAGUAUCUGGCAUUUUUAACAUAUAACGACAGUGAUGUGCACGAGUACAAAUACACAUGGAUGGGAGAUGAUCUUAAAUAUCCAGAAAUUCGAUCUGAACGAUAUCCCAAGGCAGGCACAACAAAUUCCAAUGUUACAGUUAACAUCGUGAAUCUAACCGUUCUAAAGUAUAUUUUCCCAAGCCAAGUGAAACUACCACCCGAACUGACAAAUGGUAGCUAUAUUGGCGGUCUUACAUGGGCUUCCGCUCUUGAUCUUUCCGUGACUGUGACUAAUCGAGAACAAACAAAAGCCACAACAGUCCUGUGUCGGGCGCCAUCUUUUAUCUGUCAAUCCAUUCAUACUGAAGUGACAGUUAGUGAUGGUUGGGUAUUGCCAGCUGAAAAACCUAUAUUUUCUUCUAGAAUAAGUGCACAAAUAAAUGCGCAUCAUAAUAUUCAUAGCACAAAGAAUGGCUCAGAUGCUCGUGCAAAUGUGACAGAAGGUCUUACAACCUACGAGCUUUCAAACGGAGGGUAUCUCUUAAAGCGAUUGUCUGUACGUGAUGGAGAGCAUGGUCAUUUCAGACAUGUUGUCUUCAUUUCAACCCUAGAUCGUCGGUGGGUACCGUUGACCAUGGGACAGUUUGAAGUCACAGAAAUUGUCGGUUGGGAUGAAGUUAACGAAAUUGUAUAUUUCAUGGCGGCUCCUGAAAAGAGACCCGGCGAACGGCAUCUCUAUAAGAUAAGUCUUAAAUUGAAUGUUACAGAAGCAAAUCGCACGUAUAUAACAUCGACACAGCCAACUUGCCUGACGUGCGAUAAUUCGCCAGCAACUUUUAAGAUCGUAAAUCCUUCAGGGCACAAUCAGACAUCACAACCAGAUGAAGAUAAUCCAGUCAAGAUUCCAAAUAAUUGCCUCUUCAAUAGGGUGUACUUUAGUAAAGAGUUUUCAUAUUAUAUUCAGGAAUGCUUGGGUCCUGAAUCACCGUCAGUGUAUCUAGUCGAAACUCAAUCAAACAACAAAAUAUAUGUGUUAAACUCAGGUGCAGACUUGAGACACAGGUUAGCUCAGUUGGCACUUCCACAAAUCAGGACAUUCAGUGUGGAAAUUCGUCAUGGUUUUCAUGCUCAAGUACGGCUUUUCCUUCCACCUGGAAUGCGAGAAGAGGAAGAAGUAGCGUUUCCUCUUAUUCUACAAAUAGACGCAGCUCCUGGAUCACAGUUAGUUUCGGAAAAAUUCCACGUCGAUUGGAAUUGGUAUCUUUGUAGUCAGCGUUCAAUAAUUGUGGCCCAAAUCGAUGGUCGUGGUAGUGGAUUUCAGGGAGAAUUACUUCGCACACAAAUUCAUGGAAAACUGGGAACAGUGGAAAUUGAAGAUCAACUUGGAGUGCUAACUUAUCUGCGAGAUAAUUUGAAAUUUAUAGAUCCAUCGAGAAUAUGUGCAUAUGGUUUGGGUUAUGGUGGAUAUGCAACAGCAAUGACACUAAUCGAAGACUCACAACAAGUUAUACAAUGUGGUGUUGCAAUAAAUCCUGUAGUUUCAUUUGGAUAUCAUUAUUCGUUUUUUACUGAACGUUACAUUCCGCUUAAGGGCGAUUACUUGAGAGCUUUACAAGAGGCUGAUCUUACGAUGAAAGCUGGAAAUAUAAAAGGCCGCAAUCUUAUGAUCAUGCAUGGAACAGCUGAUACAUUUAUACAUCAGGAACAUUCGCUUAUGUUAGUUCGAGCACUGGUAGAUCAAGAAGUCAAAUUUAGAAAUCAGAUAUAUACCGAUGAAGACCAUUAUUUGACCAAAUCACUAAAUCACGUUUACAAAACUAUGGAAUGGUAUUUUGAUGAGUGUUUUGGGCCAUUAGAUGAAAAUGAAUGGGAUCCCACGGGUCUUUUUGUGUUCAAACAAUAAGUUAUGUGUAUUUUGGCUUAAAAUUAUUAUUAGAUUUUUCAAUAAACGUGACAUUAUCGUCCAUUUAUGUUCAUCAUAAACAAAACAAAAAUAAAG